GGGGGGCAGUCGGAGGACGGAGUUUGGGGUGGGAGGAGGUCGGAGGAGCAGUCAGAGGACAACGCUGCAGUCGGGGCCAGGAGGACGGAGUUAGGAGUGUGAAUGGACGAGGAGUUAUAAGACGGAGUUUGGAGAGACGGCGUGCAAGAGAGUUGGAGGACGGAGUUUUAGGUGUGAGGAGGCCGACAUAGGAGUCUGAAGACGGAGUUUUAGAGUGUGAGGAGCCCAGAGGAGCCGCGGGGAGCUGACGGCGGUCGCAAUGUGGACCCAGCGGGAUCAGCGCUGGGGUGGUAUAGCCGCAGGACUGCUGAUGGCCGUUAUAGCGGGAACACAAGCCACAUGUCCGGGCAGUCCGUGGCAGGAAUGGCGUGGCCACUGCUACCGGCUCUCCUACCAGCCCGUUCCAUGGCACGGCGCGCGGGGAGACUGCAAGGCCUUCUUCAGGGCGGCCGACGUAGUCAGUGUCACCAGCAAGGCCGAGAACAACUUCAUCAAAGCACUGGCCGGCCGGCAGACGGUCUGGCUGGGGAUGAGGUCAGCCAACGACGUCCUCUCCUGGGCAGAUGGGACGCCGGUCAGGUACAAAAACUUCGCCGCCAGACGCGGCCGAGCCAAGGGCGCCGAAGAUGCCGUUCAGCUGGACGGCCGGUCCGGCCAGUGGCAGUUUGCCGAGUCUCACACCGAGCCGCCGCACCGCGCCGUCUGCCGAAUGCCCUCCUGCCAGUGUCCGGCCGGCUGGACCGAGUGGGACCGCCGCUGCUACCGGGCCGUACGACAGCCACUCUCCUGGCUGGAGGCGCGCGAGCGGUGCAGGAGGAUGGCCGACACGGCGGAUCUGGUCAGCAUCAUCAACGCCAGGGAGAAUAACUUUGUGCAUGGUCUUCUGAAGCAGUACCCGUUCUGGAUCGGCCUCAACGAUCGAGAGAAGGAGGGUGCCUACGUCUGGAGCAGCGGCGAGAAGUACCCGUACACCAACUGGCACAAACCCAGCGAGCCCAACGGCCACAACCACUCGGCUGACUGCGCCGACAUGCUGGUGGACAAGACGUGGUCAGACGCCACCUGCGGCGCCAGCGGUCCGUUCAAACCGUUCGUCUGUGAAAUGAUCAUCUGCGGGCGCGACGAGCACAUUCGGCCGGAGCCCGUCAAAGGCAGGAGGUUCCGCGUCUGGCGGCCCGAGGACGGUCUGCGGUGCCCGGCCGGCUGGAGUCGCAGUGGGUCCAGCUGUUUCAGCCGUCCCACCGAGCCGGACACCUUCACCGGGGUGCAGCGGCUCUGUACAGAGGCGCACCCGAACGCCCAGGUGGCCGUGAUCGGGUCGCUGGAGGACAACGAUAGAGCCUACUACACGGCUCCGUCUCUGCCCGUCUGGGUGGACUACGGCAGUCGCUCGGGUCGCUCUGUGAACCUGGCCGCCCUGGCUCGCUCGUCGCUCCAGCAGGCCGCCCAGCCCGUCUUCACCUACUGGGCGCCAGACGCGGCGCUAGCCAGAUCGGUCGACUCCGACUGUGCCGCGUUGGAGGAGACGGGUCAGUGGCGGCCCAAACGCUGCAACCGGGAGCGUCUGCCCGGCCUGUGUCAGCUGGACGCCUGUAACCCCGAGUGUCCGGCCGGCUGGAUCCCGUUCGAGAGCCGGUGUUACCGGACGGUGCGGGUCCGGCGGACACUGCAGGAGGCGGCGGCUGUCUGUCAGAGGGACGGCGCACACCUGGCCAGCAUCCAGACGCAGGACGAGAAUGACUUCAUCACCAACCUCGCCUUCAAGUCGAAAGGAGUCAACUACCGGGCUGAUCCGGACGCCAAGCACGUGUGGAUCGGCGCGGCGCGGCCAGACCGGCGCACCGCCUGGUCCUGGUCCGACUGCGACCGCUGGAGCCUGUCGCGGUGGCGGCGCGCCGACGGAGACGACCUAUCGCUGACCUCCGGCACGUGCGCGACACUGUUCAUCGACGGACGGUGGCAGGACUACGCCAACUGCACGCACUCAAAGUACAAUUCGGUGUGUGAGCUGGACCCGUGUAGGGAGAAGUUCGGACCCGCUGACAAAACCGGCUGCCGAACCGCAAAGGUAACCACACCCGAGACGAAACCAAAGCCCGCCGAGGUGCCGAAAACCACCCGAGCACCGGUAACCACGAAAGCCACCACCAAAGCCCCGGUAACCACGAAAGCCACGGAUGCUCCGACGGUUCCAACAACCAAGCCGACGGAGCCGCCCGCGCCGAAGGAGCAGUUCCUGUGUCCUGCCGACUGGACGGAACUGGACGGCUACUGCUACCGCGGCGUCAUUCAGCAGGACACGUUUGUAAACGCCAUUCAGAUGUGCGCCGUCACAUUCCGGCCAUCCCACGUGGCCAGUGCGCACACCGAGCAGCAGAACCAGCUCAUACUCCAGCUGACGGGCGGCGGGCCGUCUUGGCUCGGCCUCACCUCUGCCUAUGACUUCCCGGCCUGGCGGUGGCUGGACGGCUCCAACUCGGAGGACUUCAGCGCCUGGGCGCGCCGCCAGCCGGACGCCACGGCCGAGAACAUGAAGGUGUGCUCGGUGGUGAACCGGCGCGGCCGCUGGACGGCCCGCUCCUGUCUAGAGGAGCGACACAGCUUCGUCUGCAAGCUGCCCGCAGUGCGUGUGGUGGCCGAGCCGUCGUGCCCGGACCCCACCCGGUGGCGAGAGGAGGGCGGCUCGUGCUACGCGUUCAACCACCAGGAGGCCUCGUUCGCCGAGUCGCGCCGGCAGUGUUUGUCGCUCUCCACGGCCGAGUUCCGGGUCACACUGCCCGUUAUUAAGGAUGCAGAAGAGGACGCGGCGCUCCUGAGGCUGGUGAACGGUCACGUGAUGCGGCUGGGGCUGGUGCGCAGCCGGUCGGGCCGCUGGCUGUGGGAGGACGGCAGCGAGCCGCGCUACACCAACUGGCUGCAGCCGCCGCCGCCGCCCGACCAGCGGCCGCUCUGUGCCGUCACCGACGGACGGCGCGGCGGCUGGGCCGUGCAGGACUGCGACAACACCGUGCCCGCCUACUGCGAGGCCGUCCGAGUUCCUGAUGAUUACGACUACGACUACAGUGAGGACUACGACUACUACGAAUAAGUGUCGAUGUACUCCCAGCUGAUAUGUUGCAGUGUACCCAGUCGUCCGACAAUAAAAUACUCAUUGUGCCACCAAGUAGGCGCAAUUCGAGAAGGCUCUUAGAACCGGCUGGGUCAUUUUCAUUGAGAGUGUUACGUGUUAUUUUUGUGUGUAUCUGCGGCCAGUGGUAAUACACAAUAGCAAAUGUUA